AUGAGCGCAGCGGCUGUGGCGGCCGGGCUGCGGCCCCCCAGCUCGGGGAUCCCGGGCUCCCGGGGUACGUUGCGCCUCCGCCUGCCCGUGGUCCCUCCGUAUCCCGGGCAGCACGGCACGCCAGUCGGGCUCAGCGAGGCGCAGAAGCGGGCGCUGUACCUGGAGAAGAGGCUGCAGUUCCUACAGCAGCAGCACUCGGAGACGCUGGUCAAACUCCAUGAGGAGAUCGAGCACCUGAAGCGGGAGAACAAGGAUCUCCACUACAAGCUAAUCAUGAAUCAGAAGCUGCAGAAGAAAGGCAGCAUCUCCAGUUCCAGCUUUCAGUCCAACAAGUCCAUCUCGAAUACAAUGGUGUCAGGCAAGGCCAGGCCCCAGCCCACCUCCUCUAAGAAGCAAGACUCGAAAGCUGACGUUCCCCAGAAGUCGGACCUGGAGGAGGAUCCCUUGGUUGCUGCCCUACUUCACAGCAGCAGGGUGGACAAGGCCCUCGGGGUACAGGGGCUGGCCAAAGACAAAGUGGAGAGCUCUAAUCCAGCAGCCACCUCAGCGGCCGGCAGCCUGCACAAGAGCAAGCAGGUGCCAAGGGUGCCCCCAUUGAUGAGGCUGCCCUCGCACCUGUGCAAGCCCGCCACACUCCAGCAGUGCGAAGUGGUCAUCCGCCAGCUGUGGAAUGCCAACCUCCUGCAGGCCCAAGAGCUGCAGCACCUCAAGUCCCUCCUAGAAGGGAGCCAGAGACCCAGGGCUGCCCCCGAGGAGACCGGGCCCAGUACUCCCAAGGGCCAGGAGGCUCUGCACCCGGGGGCCACGCAGCUCCCCAAGGUUGCCACCAAGGGCGUCUCUAAGAAAUGCCUGAUUCUGAGCCGGGCGCCUGUGGCGGAGUGCGCCAUCCUGCCCGCACUGAAGCAGAGCCUCAAGAGCAACGUCACCGAGCGGCAGAGACGGCUGCAGGUAGUGCAGAGCCGGUGGCUGCACUACCCGGUGCUCUGA